GCCCUUGCAGGGCUUUAUGCCCUCUUCUGCAGGAGCUCGGCCUUCGUCUCUGGCACCCCCUCGCUGCGCAGCCCAGGGCGCUCAGUGGCGGUGUCCCGGGAGUCGAAGGUGGACGACAUUGUGGAGGAGCUCAAGGGCCUGACAUUGCUAGAGGCCUCGGAACUUGUCAAGGCUAUUGAGGAAACCUUCGGAGUGGAUGCCUCCGCAUCCGCGGGUGCAGUUGUGAUGGCUGCCCCAGGCGCUGGCGGCGGCGAGGCAGGGGUUGCAUCCUGUUGA